UUGAGCAAGAAAACCUCACGUGGAGCACCUGCUCUUCAGGUAACCUUCUUUAAAUUUAGUCUUCUCUUAAUUUCUGUUGAGAGUGGUCCUAUAUUGAUGUAAAAACCAGGCUAAGUGUUUGUGUCGUCUUAGUGAUUGCGUGACUGCUUAAGGUUAGUAAUGUCCACAUUGACCCGUGAAUAUAUAUUGCAUUCCGGCAAGGUGCUUGCCUGUGCUCAAACCAUUCUUCUUGCCAUACUUUUGGCCUUGAUAUUCCACGUCUCACUUUUCCAGCUAAGGGGAAGGCGGUCCAAUCAUCUACCACAAAUAUUUCAACCCAGAGAUAAGUAUGUUGAUCUUAAACCCUCACAAGGAUCAAUUUCUAUGGAAGCCAAAGCUGCAUCCGCAUCAAACACGUUAACCCCUCCAAUGCUGAACUUGGAUCCAACUUUUGAUGAUUGGAUAGGAGGAAAGGUCAAGGGAUACAGAAUUUUUGCUUUCUCUGCUUUCCUGGACAUUCGGAACACAUCCGCCCCAUAUAUUCGAGUUUUGGGGGCGGCACCCACCAACUAUGCUCCUUUUGCUUCGGAUAUCCUGUGCGAUGUGUUCCACGAGGACGGACAGCUUUUGACAACGGUGUCAAGUAAAAUAAGGAUUCAAAUACCUUUUAAUGGAGCGUCCAAUUGCUCCUUUUUCUUUGAGUGCGAUCUCUCAUCCAGAUCCAGGCCCAUUUGGCAAACGGCCCAAUGGGUUAGCUUGAAGAGUUCGCGUCCUCCAGAUCAAAAUAAUACCUCCUUGCCUAAGCUGAGGAUACAUCGGUUGGCCGUACCCAAUCCAGCUGAUUCAGAUGGAAAAUUUGUCGCAUGUAUUAAGCCAUUUUUUGGGCUUUGGAACUCUCCUUUUGCUUUGGUUGAGUUCAUAGAGAUGUACAAAAUCUUGGGCGUAUCCCAUUUUGUGUUUUACGAGACCUCAAUUGGAACCGAGGCUCGAAGGGUUCUCAAAUAUUAUGAAACCAAAGGAUUGAUCACGCUAUUUCGAUGGACUCUUCCAUACGGCCGGAAUGAUAUCCUACACAAUGCUCACCACACCUGUAUCAAUGACUGCAAGAUGAGAGUCAUCAACCGUUUCGAGUUUUUGGUGACAGUGGACGUGGAUGAGUUCCUUCUGCCAACGAAUGGCAUGACUACUCUUUAUGAUCUGAUUCAGGAAAUUCAUAAAAAAGAGCAAGCAAACAAUCGGAACCCCUCAUUCAUUGGCGCAUACACAUUCCUCAACAAAUUUUUCUUCAAGGAGUUCGGUAAAGUUGAAAAUAUCGAUGGAGAACCUGGCAAAGCUGGAAAGAUUGAGGACAAGUUAAGGAUAAGUCUGAGCACACAAGCGUACGUGAAGAGGUCGCCAUCUUUCUUUCCAUAUCGGAGAAGGUCGAAAUACAUAGCCCGUCCAAAUGGAACGGACUUUUUGACGGUGCACCACACAGCCAAUUUCUCCAUAGGAUACAGAGACUAUGUUGUUCCAUCGCAUCUGGGCCUGUCUCAACAUUACCGACUUUGUGCAUGGCGUGAAGUCAAGAUUUGCCUAAACCAGGAGCCAUUAAUUGACACCAAUGCGUGGACAUGGGCAACCUCAUUAGUGUCAGCCGUUAAAGAGGCAUGCUUGCUUCUUGAUUUAAACAACAUAAAUGUGUGCCCUUAGAUUUGAAAUAAGAUAUCAA